ACCAGCCUGGACUGAUGGUGCUGGGGCGGUCUCUGCGCGCACAAAUACGCGCCCAGAAUAUCACAUUUGCUGGCACAAGCCUGUCUCGAGAGUGGAUUAAAACAGCCUAAAAGGUGGAGCAAAAAAAUAGUGAAGGUUUGUGGCGGCCGGAGUUUAAUCCUGUGCGCUGUCGGAGCCGGAGGGAGAAGGAUGGACAAGUGUCUGCUCUCGGAGCUGGCGCACUCCACAAACUACUGAUGGCUCGCAGGAACUUAUUGAUCUUUUUAACGGCAUAAAGACGCGCAGGAACCGACGGCUCCGACAGUUUAAUGGCGAUAACCGAGACAGAGACUCUCGUCCACGGGAACAGAAAUGCUGCUCCAACUUCUGCUGCGCAUCGCUUUAGCAGUCAUCUCAGCUGAGCUGUCUUCUGCAACAGCUACAACUAAAGCCCAAGUGAAGAACAACUCAGGUGUGACUCCAGCUGGACAGUGUGGGACUUGGGUGAAAGAAGCUGAUGGAGGGUAUUUCACCUCCCCCAACUACCCUGAGAAAUACCCACCUGAGAAGGAAUGCAUCUACAUUAUAGAAGCCGCGCCUCGUCAGUGCAUCGACCUGUUCUUCGAUACGAGGUACUCCAUCGAGCCAUCCUGGGAGUGCAGGUUUGACCACAUUGAAGUACGUGAUGGCCCCUUUGGUUUCUCGCCCAUCAUCGGCCGCUACUGUGGGCAGGAGAGCCCGUCCUACGUCCGCUCCAGCGGGAGGUAUCUCUAUAUCAAGUUUGUGGCGGACAGUGAGCUGGAGUCCAUGGGUUUCUCUGCCAGGUAUAACUUCACACGAGAUCCGGAGUUUAAAGACGUUGGGGUACUGCCAGCUUUACCAAACUGUGACUUUGAUAUGAGUGGUCCAGAGGGAUUUGUGGAUUCAGCGCAUAUCAGAGCACUAAAAACUGAAGCUGUGGACUGCAGGUGGUACAUCCGGGCCCCUCCCAAAGCUAAGAUCUACCUGCGAUUUCUGGAGUAUGAAAUGCACAACUCAAAUGAGUGCAAGCGCAACUUCGUUGCCAUCUAUGACGGCAGCAGCUCAGUUGAGCACCUGAAGAAUAAGUUCUGCUCCACCGUAGCCAACAAUGUCAUGCUGCUGAACUCUUUGGGCGUGGUGAGGAUGUGGGCGGACGAGGGGAGCAGGAAGAGCAGGUUCAAGAUCCUCUUUACAACUUUCCAUGAACCCCCGUGUGCAGGAGACACUUUCUUCUGCCACAGCAACAUGUGCAUUAACAACACACUUGUGUGCAAUGGUGUCCAGAACUGUGUUUACCCCUGGGAUGAGAAUCGCUGCAAAGAGAAGAGAAAACCCAGCAUCCUAGACACGCUGGACAACACUAACCUCACUAUCAUAGGAGUAACCUGUGGUCUGGUCGUCCUCCUGCUGGUCAUAUCUGUUAUCAUCCAGGUCAAACAGCCUCGUAAGAAAUAUGUUGUUCGCAGAGAUGACUUUGACCCUGCCCUCCUCCACCCUGGUUUUGAGCCACCACACUAUGAGCUCUGCACUCUGCGCCGCGCCCCCUCUGGAGACCUGACCGACGCCGGCAUGGCGGAGGACUUUGAGAAGUUCCACAAACUCAGACGCUCCGAAAGCAAAUGCAUCCGCGACCACCACUGUGGCUCUCACCACGGCAGCAUCCACGGCAGCAUCCACGGCAGCCGCAGCAACCUGAGCAUGCGGGAUGCCACAAUCGCCUCCGAUGGAGGAGCUAUUGUGCCGCCUUUGUCGCCAAUGAUGUUGAGCCAGAUGUCGCCGCACCUCUCUCACCAGAACACACCAGCAGGCAGACGCAGCAUCCUGGUGAUGAAGCACAGCUACUCUCAGGAUGGAGCCGAAGGGUACAGAGCAGAGGACGAGGAGGAUGAUUUGAUGAUGGAUAUGGGUCCCGCUAACAGCCAGCACCACAUGCACCACCAUCAGAUGCACCAUGGGAUGUCAGGGCUGGAUCACACAGUCCAUCGUACACUGUCAAACGACUUUUAAAUUACUGUAGGGUUAAAUGCAUCUAAAGAAUAAUCAUUCUAUAAACAAGAAUACAUGAAAACAAAUGGAAAGGAUUUAAAGAGAUAUAUUGGAUUACAAAAUAUUAAAUGCAAUUUAGUUUUUUUCCUAAAGAGGCAUAUAACUUUCACUUUUGAUGUGUUAUUACUGCUGAUCAGAACAGUUCUGGCUGAAGCGAAUCCAGCUGAAAUACAAGUUUGACAUUAAAUGAGUAGAAACAGAGCACACUGAAGUUUGUGAAACCAACACUCACUUGUUUCUUCCGAGCCAAAGAGUUAAGUAUCCAUCAAGGAUGGAUCAAAGAUGGAUCUGAAUGCAUAGAUACAAAUAUUAAUGGCAGCUGGAAUACUAGAUCACUUUCCCCAAUUUUUUCCCUUUUUGUUCCUGAUGUUUUGAUUUUUACCUAUAGUAUCAUGUACAAUAUACUAUAUCAUAUUUAUAUCAAUUUUGUGAAUUUAAUUAAUAUAAUGAUUACAGUUUUCCUUUACUUUUGGCAUUAUUGCAUCACCAAAGCAAGGAACAAAUGUGUCCGUUAAUGGUAGACAUCUUCUGUGUUGACAUCUGAUUCAUGCCAUCCCCUGUCUGAUUCCUUUGUAUUUAUUUGAU